AACCAUUGAAGAUUGAAAAUGAGGUCGAUUCUAAUAUGAAGAGUACUAUAAGAUAUACAUUUGUCGCACCUGGUGAUAUUGGAAAGGGACGACGACGAGGGCUUAAAUCUUUUGGUGAGAAAGGUAAUUUACCAUCUAAGAGUAUAUUGCCUCAAUCAAGUGAUUUAGUUAAGAAGUACAUCAAAGAAAUUGAAACAAAUUAUAUAGGGAAGGGACGAGGACAAGGACUUAAAAACUCUACCAUGUCUACUAGUCAAGGAAUACGAAUAAUGCAUAAGAACUCCAUGGCUUUUGAGAAAGAGAACAUGCAAAUUAAUACUUCUUCUCCUACAUCUACUAAUCAAGUUAAGAAAUACACCCAAGAAAUUGAAACAAUGGGUCCAGGUGCUAUAAAAAAGGGACUAGAGAAAAGAACUGGAUCUUUGAGCUCCACUUUAGGAAUUUCUAAAUAUGAGGUGGGAUCUUUCAACAAGAGUGUUGUUUUUGCUAAUGUUACUCCUACUAAAUGCACCAAAUCGAGUUCUACCAUGCCUUCUAGUCACGAAAUGUAAAAAAUGAAAAAAAUAGUUCUUGAGAAAGAGGAUAUACAAACCAAUGUUUCAUUGCCUCCAUCUGUUGAUCAAGUUAUGAAACACUCUAAACAACAGAAAAAGGUUCAUCUAAUCCUACAAAGGUAAAAGAGUUUGAGGAAGCAACAAGUGCAAAGAAGUUGCUUCACUUGAAAUUGGACAGAAGCUGAAAGUAACACUUUACAAUAAUCGAACGGUUGGAACAAAUAGCAAUCUUUUUUCAAGGCAUUUGGGAAAAAUUGUUCGUGAUCGUAACAUUUGGCCCUUGGGGUAUCAUCGUGGCAUGAUAUUAAGCAAGAAAAGUUGAAUCAUAUGUGGGCAGCCUUUGAGGUAACAAAUAUACACCUGAUUCAAAUUCUUUGGCGUUACCUCAUACAUCACAUCUUCUUGUCCACAUAGCAGUUGUUGUAAAGCUUUUGAAUCCAUUCUACACC